AUGGCCAACGAUAAUGCAGACUGGGAGCUGGAGGAAGGGGUUCCUCAGGUGGAGGACCCAUUCAUCCAGAAGUACCUCAAGGGGCGCGAUGCCCUUAUCGCAGAGGAACACAAAAGGCGUCACGACGCAACAUUCCGGAAGACUUUGUCUCCCAUUGCUGCACGAGCUUGCAAAAUUGUCUCCCAGAUCCGGGCUCGUGAGCAGAAUGAGAUAUGGACACAAGGGUUAGAUGAAGCGACGGCCCACCAGUCAGACGAGAUACUCUACCCAGGCGUCAUGUUCCACCAUGCCAAGGGUCGCAUGGAGAAGACUAACUUGUGGAAAAUUGUGGAGAAAAUGCCCAAGGGAUCGCUCCUGCACGCCCACAUGGAUGCGAUGUUCGACAUCGACUUCUUGAUUGACCAGGCGUUUUCAACACCUGGGAUGCACAUCUCGGCACCAGCCCCGCUGAUUACUUCCAAAGAUUACGAGACUGCACCUUUCGGAUUCCAGUUUUCACCUCAGUCUCAGACCGCCUCUGGCAAGACCGCUAUGUGGUCUGAGAAGUAUGAAGCUUCAACACUCAUUCCUAUCCAAGCCGCAGCGGCUUCAUUCCCUAAUGGUGGAGAGGCGGGGUUCCGGGAAUGGGUUAAGAGUCGAUGCAUGCUCAUGCCAGAGCACUCAUACCAACACCACCACGGAGUUGAUGCGAUUUGGGACAUCUUCAAACGAACUUUCGGUGUCAUCAACUCCAUUUUGAUGUAUGAACCAAUUUUCCGAGCGUGUCUACGUCGCAUGUUGGGGCAACUUGCCGCCGAUGGUAUCCGUUAUGUCGAGUUUCGUAUUGUGUUGUUCAUUCCCUACCGAAAAGAAGGGAGUAAUGAUCCUGAAACAGACAAUGAAGAAUUCCUUCGGGUAUUUGAGGAAGAGGUGAAUCUAUUCAAGAACUCCGAUGAAGGAAAGAAGUUUUAUGAAGCACGAAUCAUCUGGUGCAGCUUGCGAAGACUCCCGAAUGCAGAUAUCGUUGAAGAUAUGAAAAAGUGUAUCGCCAUGAAGCAGUCUUUCCCGGAUCUGAUCUGUGGAUAUGAUUUGGUUGGCCAAGAGGAUGACGGCAGACCUCUAGUGGAUCUUGUACCGCUGCUAUUUUGGUUCAAAAAGCGCUGCGCGGAGGAGGGAGAAGACAUCCCGUUCUUUUUCCAUGCCGGUGAAACUCUAGGAGAUGGUGAUGAAACAGAUCACAAUCUUUUUGAUGCAAUUUUGCUGGGAACAAGAAGAAUUGGACAUGGGUACUCUUUAUAUAAACACCCACUCCUCAUCGACUUGGUCAAGGAAAAGAACAUUUUAGUCGAGUGUUGCCCGAUCUCCAAUGAGAUCCUCCGACUUACGAGCUCCAUUAAGUCUCAUCCCCUACCGGCCAUGUUGUCUCGGGGAGUUCCUGUCUCUCUCUGCAAUGAUGACCCUGCUAUUCUUGGUCACGGGAAGAACGGAUUGACACAUGAUUUCUGGCAGGUCAUGCAAGGCCUCCAAAACGUCGACCUUGCGGGACUGGCAAUGAUGGUACAGAAUUCAAUUCGGUGGAGUUGCUAUGAAGAUCAAACGACCCCUGAGUGGAAAGCCGAGGUGGAAGAUGGAAUCCUGGGCGAGGGAAUCAAGGCUGCUCGUCUACGAGAAUGGUACUCGGAGUUUGAGAAGUUUUGUGAGUGGGUGGUGAUGGAGUUUGCGGAGUUUGAUGACGAUGAUUGA